AUGCUUAUUUCGUGUUUGUUGAAAAUUGGCAGAUCCAUUGCCCUAUCACCCCCAGUGGCCUACCUUCACAGCACAAUCUAUGCCCUGGCAAGUGGAGAAGGCAAAUGUGCUGUCUCCGUGAUAAGAAUAAGCGGACCUCAAUGCCUCACAGUCCUCCAAUCCAUUGCUGGCUUUUCUAAAAAUCCCCCAAAACACCGACAAGUUUACAUUCGCCACAUAAAACACCCAAAAACCAACCAAAUAAUCGACAAAGGACUUGUCCUGUACUUCAAAGGUGGGCAUCCAAAGUCAAUUGUUUCUGCUCUUUGUGGUACGACCAGAGAUUGUGUUGAAGUGGCCUUUGAUCUUGCCGGUUUUUCGGUCACUUUGACAGACACGGCGGGGAUUUUUGAAAGUGGGUCAUCGGAAAUAGACGGGGAGGCAGUUCGGAGAUCAUUGGAGAUGUGAUUGUGUGGUUAAUGUUGGAGGUGGAGGGAUUCGGACCUCGUGAUUGGACUGGUUGAUGUGAAUGAAUAUUUGAGUGCCCGAGGAUGUAUUGAGGAUCCUCGGAGACUGUUAGUGUUGGGAAAUGUCCCUCAAAGUGAAUUCUUUGACAUUUCAAAAAUCAUUUUUGUUGUCACAAAAACAGAUUUGGUUGAGGAAUUUGAUCCUCCUUCCUUCCCCAGUUAUCCCAUUUCGUGUCACGAAGGAAGGGGAGUCAC